AUGGUACAAUUUUGUGAAGAUAUAAACGGACCAGUGGAGGGCGCGUAUGGUUCGCAGCACAGUCCGGUAUCGCGCUCGGACGCUUCCACCGAGGACGCGGAGCUGUCUGCCGCACUCGCUCACCAGCAUCACCUCGCUAUGCAGGCUGGGGAGUAUCCGGUGGCCGGCGUGGAACCAGAUUACGGGCAAUAUGUGUCGUCACCAGCCGCUCAAUACAACCACAUGGGACACCUCACUAUGGCACCGUCGCAAAAGUACCCCCAUGUGAUGGAUUCGGUGUCGGUGAGCGGGGGCGUGUACGGCGCGGCGGCCGGCGGCGCUCACUACGGUACUUACGCGCACUAUGGCGCCGCUUACCCCGCGCAGCCCGCCUACCUCGUGGAGCCGGGGACGCAAGUGCCCGCGUACAUGACACAGGAGUACGUGGAAGGCGGAGGUAGUGCAUCACCAAGGAGCGUUUCUCCCGGUGCGCUACCACCGCAACAUAAUCUUCAUUUGCAGCAGAGGUACGAUUCUGCAUCACUUGAGCAAUUAGGACGACAUUAUUGCGUGACGUCACCGCGCGGCGAGUACGCAGGCGACGCGUACGGCUACCAACACUACCCGACAGCAUACGACCCACAACCACACCAGCCACCACCAUUUAAGGAUUCACAGAAUGGUUUAAGCCUUGGAAGUACCGGAGGUCAGUCAAUGUAUGGGGAUGAAGACGAACUGCAAAAGCAAAUGGCUGGAAUGGCGUUAGUUCAUCCUAGUGUGGGUGGUCGAGAGGAUGGCGGUGGACUACAAUGGCGUGACCCAAAUUUACCUGAAGUAAUCGGCUUCUUAAAUUCGCCUUCGGACGUGGUUAAAGCUAACGCUGCGGCUUAUUUACAGCAUCUUACUUAUAUGGAUGACCCGAACAAGCAAAAAACGAGGAGUUUGGGCGGCAUCCCGCCGCUAGUGCGGCUGGUGUCGCACGAGAGCGCGGAGGUGUGCCGCAACGCGUGUGGCGCGCUGCGGAACCUGUCGUACGGCCGCCAGAACGACGAGAACAAGCGUGCCAUCCGCGACGCAGGCGGCAUCCCCGCGCUCAUGGCGCUGCUGUGCCGUGCCACAGACAUGGAGGUAAAGGAAUUAGUGACUGGAGUAAUUUGGAACAUGUCAUCGUGUGAAGACCUGAAGCAGUCGAUCAUAGAUGACGCAGCUCAGGUGAUAGUGAACAAGGUCAUCAUACCGCAUUCUGGAUGGCAUCCCACCAACCCAGGCGACACAUACUGGUCCACAGUUUUCCGCAACGCGUCGGGCGUGCUGCGCAAUGCGUCGUCGGCGGGCGAGUACGCGCGGCGGCGGCUGCGCGCGCUGCCCGGGCUGGCCGAGGCGCUGCUGCACGCCGUGCGCGCCGCCGUGCGCGCUAACGCCAUCGGCACCAAGAUCGUCGAGAACUGCGUCUGCGUGCUGCGCAACCUCUCCUACAGGUGUCAAGAGAUCGAAGACCCGUUAUAUGAUACGAGGGCUCCACCGACACAAUCUUCUGGACAGGCCAGGAUACAAGCCAGUCAGUCUAAAGGCGAGAACCUUGGUUGCUUCGGUGGCAGUAAAAAGAAGAAGGAAGGCUCGUCAUCGUCCAACUCCACCAGUCCACUCGGCAAAAGCGAUCCUGACUCACAGCCGCUCGGGGAAACUGGCUCUAACACACAGCUCGGAUAUAGUGUUCCCAAGGGAACGGAAAUGUUGUGGUCACCUGAGGUGGUACCGUUAUACAUGGCGUUGCUGCAAUCGUGCUCGAACCCGGAGACAUUGGAGGCAGCGGCGGGCGCGCUGCAAAACUUAGCGGCCUGCUACUGGCAGCCCUCCAUAGAUAUACGGGCCGCCGUGCGCAAGGAGAAAGGUUUACCAAUCUUAGUAGAGCUACUGCGAAUGGAAGUCGAUCGGGUGGUUUGCGCAGUAGCCACAGCGCUCCGGAACCUGGCCAUAGAUCAACGCAAUAAGGAGUUGAUCGGCAAAUAUGCUAUGAGGGACCUCGUACAAAAACUUCCCAGCGGGAAUCAGCAGCAUGAUCAGGGUACGUCGGAUGAUACGAUAGCGGCCGUGCUGGCAACACUGAACGAGGUGAUCAAGAAAAGCGGAGAAUUUUCGCGUUCUUUGCUCGAAGCUGGCGGGGUAGAGCGUUUGUUAAAUCUUACGAAGCAACGUCAUCGUCAUACGCCGAGGGUGCUUAAGUUUGCUGGUCAAGUUUUAAUGACAAUGUGGUCGCACGCGGAACUUCGCGAAGUGUACCGCAAGCACGGAUGGCGCGAAGCAGACUUCCUUACUCCAGCCAGAGCGGCGCAACCUCGCGGCUCUUCCAACAGCAGCGGUCAGGGCACGCCAGCCGGCGGCGGCCCAGCGGCCGGCAACGCGCCGCACUCGCCGAGCAACGCCAACAGCACGCUGAGCCGCCCCAUGGCCUCCACCGGCGGCACCCGCUAUGAGGAUCGCACCAUACGCAGGCAUCGAGAGAACGAUGAUAUCCCAACAAUGGACGUGAACAAUUAUCAGGAUGGCUUAGGCAUGGGUAAUCCUAACGGGCGGCCGAUGAACCUACAAGGCGUUCAGGCUCAAAUGCCAAUGCCGCCUAGCAGUCGUUAG